AUGGUUUCAAAAGAAUUUGACAUUAAAGAACCAAGUGAAAAAGAUCUAGCAGAAAAUAAAUAGUUGAAAUUGUUAUAAUACAGAAAAAAGCUCAACAAUUUUUACAUCUCAAUAUUUAAUGAUACUAAAUAAUACUAAAACAUAAGUCAUUAAAUAGAUAAACUAUAUGAGGAAUACAAAAUUGUUCAUAACUCAUUCUUUAUUGCUGAUAAAAAUGUUACAUGGAAUUUUAAAAUUCUUUUCUAAAAGCUAAAAUGCAGUAGUUCAAGUUAUAAUUUUUUUGUAUAAGACUAAAUAAAAUGGAAUUAAAGUUUUUCAAAAUAAGUUAAUUUAACAUUAAGAAUAGUAAAGCUUCAUGAUAAAACUGUAAAAUCUGCAUCUAGUAAAAUUGGAGAGUAUAUAAUUCUACAUUUUUUUGAUGAAAAACAACUUUAAUCUGGCAGCAUUAAUCAGAAUAGCGAAUAAAACAUAGAAAAAUAAAUAACAAUCCAUUAGUAGGAUUUUACUUAGGAAUAUGCUUAUUAAAAAAAGCAUGAUAAAAGGUAAACAAAUUUAGAUAAAUAUGAUUAAAAAAUUAAUCAGAAAAAUUAAUAACAAAUGAAUUAAAUUUUAGCUACAAACUAGCAGUAAAGUGUUAAUAAAGGAAAUACCAGCACUUAAAUCUCUAAUGAUAUGCCUUAAAAAUUAUAAUCUAAUAAUAAUAUAAACGAAAGCCAAACUAAGGUUGAAAAUAGUCCAUUACAGAAUCUUCUUUAUAAAGAAGGAGCCAUAAAGAAUAAUAACAAUAUAAUAAAGCCUUAACUCUAAAAAGUGAAUUUUGUUAAGGAAGAAUAUGUACAGCUUUCUGAUAAAGAAAAAGUUGAGCUACUAGAGCAAUAACUGUAAUAAUAAAUUUUACUGCAAUAAUAAAAAGAAUCAAUCUACUAAUAUAAGCUAAUUCAAUAAAAAAAACAAAUGUUGAAAAUAUAGGAAGAGAAGCUCUUCUAAUUAAACCCAAAUUUUAAACCACAAGGCUUAAUCGAAAGUAAUCCUAUUUAAUUAGAUUGA